CAUCUCAAUCUUACUCCCUUGCCUUCCUAGCAUGGAUUCCUCCGUGCUAGAAACUCUCUAUUUUUAGCCCGUGAGACCUUCAACUAAAUUACACAGGAUCAUGAUCAUCAUCACCAUGGUCAUCAUCACCAUGGAAUGCACCCCCCAGACCAUGACAUCGCGACAGACCCCGCCCAGCCCAUCAACAUGGCUCCCAACCCAGCGCUACAACACCAGUAUCACACCUUCUCCAAUGACCUCCAUGCUCCGCCCGGCCAUGAUCCUUGGGAACAACACUCCGCAGAUAGUGUCUUUCCCGCGGUGCUUGGUUUGAUUGUCUUUAUUCUGUUCAUGAUGCUGGCGGUUUCUUCGAUUCGCUCAUAGCAAGGGAUGGUCAGAUUCGCAGGGGGUGUUGCGGCUUUUUUAUUAUAUUCUUAUUUUUCUUUCUUUGUAUGUAUUUAUUGAUUUAUCCACUUUGUGGAGACAUGGGCUGUUUGUAUCUUCUUGGCUGGGGGCCUGGAAAUAGUUAGCGUUUUUCCCUAUAAGGUCAGAAUGAAUAUCAGGGUGUUGA